GGUCGAGGUUACUGCAGAGAGGGGAUCGUAAAAUCACUUAGCUAUGACAGUUCAUGGAGGUCAUGUAGCUACUCUAUUCAUACCUCAGUGAUUCUAACGACCACAGAUAUCGCAACAAGGAUAUAUUAGCUAGCAAGUUGAAAGCACAUUAGCCUAGCUAGGAGACGAAGACUUUAGCUAGCUAGCUAGGUGGCAAGCAACGUAGCUAGUUAGCUGGUUAGCUCAGCUGUGUGUUGUUUCAUCAAACUGUGUAGGUGUCAAACGAAUCGGCUUCAGAAAAAGCAAUAAUUAACCGAUAUUUGACACUGAAUCGCAAAUUUCUACUGAAUAGUGUUGAUGGACUUUCUCGCUGGCUGCAUUGGAGGUGCUGCCGGAGUCUUAGUAGGACACCCUUUUGACACGGUUAAGGUGAGACUCCAGGUCCAGAAUGUGGACAAGCCUCUCUACCGCGGGACCUACCACUGUUUCCAGUCCAUUGUACGGCAGGAGUCGAUGUUUGGGCUGUACAAAGGCAUCGGCUCCCCCAUGAUGGGCCUAACCUUCAUCAACGCCAUAGUGUUUGGAGUGCAGGGCAACGCUAUGCGUUACCUGGGCCAUGACACCCCUAUGAACCAGUUCCUGGCCGGGGCCGCAGCCGGAGCCAUCCAGUGUGUCAUCUGUUGCCCAAUGGAGCUGGCCAAGACACGCAUGCAGAUGCAAGGCACUGGGGAGAAGAAGUCCAAGAGGAAGCUGUACAAGAACUCCCUGGACUGUCUGGCCCGUAUCUACAAGCGAGAGGGGCUGCUGGGGGUGAACCGCGGCAUGGUUACCACGCUGAUCCGAGAAACCCCCGGUUUCGGAGUCUACUUCCUGGCCUAUGACGUCCUGACUCGCUCCAUUGGCUGCGAGCCUGACGACCCCUACAUGAUCCCCAAACUGCUAUUCGCCGGUGGGAUGUCCGGGAUCGCCUCUUGGCUCUCCACCUAUCCAGUGGACGUGAUUAAGUCCCGCCUCCAGGCGGACGGGGUGGGCGGGGUCUACCAGUACACCAGCAUCGCUGACUGCGUGCGGCAGAGCAUUAGGAGGGAGGGGCUCAGAGUGUUCACACGAGGUCUCACCUCCACCCUGCUCAGGGCAUUUCCCGUCAACGCUGCCACCUUCGCCACCGUCACGCUGGUGCUGCUGUACGCACGGGGAGUGGAAGAGGGGCCCACAAACUGUGAGCCAGAGCCCCCCGACACAGCUCACCACACACAGCUACCGCAGCAGACCCAGGCCUCCAGCCUGUGACCUGAGUCUGGAGGUGUUACCCCCAA